CAGUACGAUGAGCCUGUCAAGUUUGAGUAAACUCGAGCAAAACACGAUAAUUCAUUUAUAAAUUAAUUCUACCUGUGUUUGCAAAAUUAGAUAUGUCUGUAUUAUAAAUCAAGUAAAUUUAGGCUAUGUGUGUUGAGUGAACGAAUGAUUCAUUUGUAAUUUAACAAAACAUGGUAUCUAAUAAAAUGCAGUCGUCAUUAGACGAUUUAGUUCAAUAUACACAACUUUUUAAACCGGUGCCGACUAUUUUACAAGGGACCGUGUUACCGUUUCUGAUAAUCUACCCGGUGGUGUUCUAUUCGUGGAUAGCAGUGUAUGGUUUUGAGGAGAACUUUGAAGCUGGCUUUGUGACUGUGGCGGUGGUGGCAGUGAUUCAAAUUUUGAUCUGCCUGUGCUGUUACUGGAGUGUGCACAUUCAGUGCUUCCUUUCUUGCUCUGCGGUGAAAGAUCCUAACCAAGCUGAGAUAGUGAAAGUGGUCCCUACUUCCAACAAUGGAUUUUCAGAAAUUGUUACGUUGCACCAUACAGUGUCCACUAAAAAAGGAAGUACUAAUCCAGAUUUAUGGUUUAUAUUUCAAAAGAGUAAAUAUAUUUACGAUUGGGAUAAGAAGACUUUCCAUACUGUAGAGUUCCCAAUCAACAAAACUUAUGAAGAGUAUAUGGAGUCCAAAGGUUUUGUGGAUGAUGAGAGCAUAGAGACAGCUGAAAAGGAGUUGGGGAAAAAUGAGAUGGUUAUGGUUGUUCCAGAAUUUAUGGAGCUGUUCAAAGAAAGGGCAACUGCUCCAUUUUUUGUGUUCCAAGUAUUCUGUGUGGCUCUGUGGUGUCUUGAUAAGUAUUGGUAUUAUUCAAUAUUCACCCUUGUGAUGCUUGUUAUGUUUGAAUGCACUCUUGUACAGCAACAACUUAGAAAUCUGGCUGAGAUUAGAAAAAUGGGCAACAAGCCUUACAACAUUAAUGUUUAUAGAAACAGGAGGUGGCGACAAAUCAUGAGUGACCAACUUCUCCCUGGUGAUAUUGUGUCCCUCACCAGAUCAGUCAAUGAAAAUCUAGUACCUUGUGACAUAGUCCUUCUAAGAGGCUCUUGUAUAGUAGAUGAAUCCAUGUUGACCGGAGAAAGUGUGCCUCAGAUGAAGGAGCCAGUAGAAAAUGAGAAAAACCUUAAGCAAAACCUAGAUCCUGAAGCCGAUGGCAAACUUCACAUGCUUUUUGGUGGAACCAAGAUUGUUCAACACUCAUCACCUGGUAAGAACGUCUCAUCUGGCCUCAAAGCUCCUGACAAUGGCUGCAUUGGUUAUGUAAUUCGUAAUGGCUUUAAUACAUCACAGGGUAAACUACUCCGAACAAUUCUUUUUGGAGUCAAGAGAGUCACUGCUAACAACCUAGAGACAUUUGGAUUUAUAUUAUUCUUGUUGAUAUUCGCGAUUGCAGCGGCCGCAUAUGUUUGGAUUAAAGGUUGUGAGGAUCCUGAGAGGAAUAGAUAUAAACUGUUUUUGGAAUGCACACUGAUUUUGACAUCUGUUGUGCCUCCUGAGUUGCCCAUAGAGUUAUCGUUAGCAGUAAAUACAUCCUUGUUAUCACUAUCUAAACUGGCUGUGUUUUGCACGGAGCCUUUUAGGAUACCUUUUGCUGGAAAAAUUGAAAUAUGCUGUUUUGACAAGACGGGCACAUUGACUAGUGACAAUUUAGUGGUAGAGGGAGUGGCAGGUAUUGGAGAUCACAAAGAUGCUGCAGUCAUUCCUCUCUCAGAUGCUCCGAUGGAAACAAUACAAGUGUUAGCAUCUUGUCAUUCUCUUGUGCAACUUGAUGAUGGUAUUGUUGGAGACCCAUUGGAAAAGGCUACAUUAAAAGCAGCAGAGUGGAACCUGACCAAAGGUGAUGCUGUAGUACCAAAGAAAGGAAAGUCUCCUGGUUUGAAAAUAGUACACAGAAAUCAUUUUUCAAGUGCACUUAAAAGGAUGUCUGUCAUAGCAGGUUAUCAAAUUAAUGAGCGUGGUUUUAUGGAGACACAUUACAUUAGCAGUGUGAAAGGAGCACCAGAAACUGUGAAAACUAUGCUGAAAGAGGUUCCUAGUCAUUAUGACCAUGUUUAUUUAACAUUAUCCAGGCGAGGCGCCAGAGUAUUAGCACUAGGCUACAGGAAUUUAGGAAAAUUGAGUUCCCAAGAAAUCAGAGAAUUGUCUAGAGAAGAUAUUGAAUCAGACUUGACGUUUGCUGGUUUUGUUAUAAUAUCCUGUCCUUUGAAGAGUGAUUCAAAGAAGGCUAUUGCUGAAAUUGUUAAUGCAUCACAUUCCGUUGUUAUGAUCACCGGUGAUAAUCCGUUGACCGCUUGUCAUGUUGCAAAAGAACUGAACUUUACACAGAAGACUGAAGUUCUUAUUCUUAGUGAAAAUAAUAGUGAUUGGAGUUGGAAAUCGAUUGAUGAAGAGAUUCAUUUACCUGUUCAACCAUAUAAAACAACAAAACAGCUGACUUCAAAGUUUGAUCUGUGCAUCACUGGUGAAGGUCUUACAUUCCUUAAUGAGUAUCAUCACAAGUUUUUGUUAGAGUUAAUGCCCCAUAUUAAAGUGUUUGCUAGAUUUGCUCCAAAGCAGAAGGAGUUUGUUAUUACUACAUUGAAAGCCCAAGGAUAUGUGACUCUCAUGUGUGGAGAUGGCACAAACGAUGUUGGUGCUCUCAAACAUGCAGAUGUGGGUGUGGCCAUCUUAGCGAACGCCCCAGAGCGUCCCCGCGAAAGGGUCCGAGAAGAGAGGCCAGUCGAGCCCGAGGCCCCGCGGAGGCCACCGCCCGCCAACCGCAUAGAGGCCCGUGAGGCCGCACGCGCGGAAGCCGCCGCGAGGCUACGCAGGGCCAUGAAGAAGUUAGAAGAGGAAGACCAGCCACAACUCGUGAGGCUUGGCGACGCUAGUGUCGCUGCGCCGUUCACCAGCAGGCUCUCCAGUAUACUUUGCAUCUGCCACAUAAUCAAGCAAGGCCGUUGCACGCUGGUGACCACGCUGCAGAUGUUCAAGAUCCUCGCAUUGAACGCACUGAUCCUCGCGUACAGCCAGUCCGUGCUGUACCUCGACGGGAUCAAGUUCAGCGACACGCAGGCCACACUGCAGAGCCUGCUGCUGGCGUCCUGCUUCCUCUUCAUAUCCCGCUCGAAGCCGCUGCGACAACUAUCGAAACAGCGCCCCCUGCCGAACAUAUUCAACGUGUACACGAUAAUGACCGUGCUGACUCAGUUCGCCGUGCACUUCCUGUGCCUCAUCUAUCUGGUGCACGAAGCCACGGCGCGGUCGCCCGGCCGCGAUACGAAACCGAAACUGGACAUGGAUUUGGCAGAAGAUGAAGAGCGGGAGUUCGCGCCAGACCUUCUUAACAGCACCGUCUACAUCAUAUCCAUGGCCCUGCAGAUAUCCACCUUUGCUAUCAACUACAGGGGCGAGCCGUUCAUGGAAGGUCUGCGAGACAACAAGCCGCUGCUAUACAGUAUUGUGGUGUCGGGAGGCGCUGUAUUGGCAUUGGCCGCCGGCGUGUUCCCCGACCUAUCCAACAUGUUCGAGAUCGUCGACUUUCCACUUGAUUACCGAGUGAUAUUAGUGCAAGUUUUAAUAGCAGACAUGUUGUUCGCGUACUUAGUGGAUCGCCUUUGUCUCUGGUUGUUCGGCGAGGGCCGAUCCUUCGCGUAACGUGCCCCACUCUAUAUCAUUAUGUACAUAAGAAAUAUAUGGGGUCCCAAGGGAUACCGCUCAAAUAUUACGUGCAUUUAAGUGUUGGAUGUGUCAAUGGUAUUUAUGUAAUAAAUGUGUAGUUAAAUUA